UACAGAUAACCCAUGUUUUCCGGACAAGAACAAUGUUAUAUUGCCGGACAUGACCAAUCCAUCAGGUUACAUCUCCUGUAACCAUGGAAAUGAAUUAAGAUUCACGUGCGACCAGAAUAUGGCAUUUGACCCGAAGACCAGUAAAUGUGUGAAAAGCGCAACAGUUUUGGCAUAAACAUUUUUGACUGUAAACAUAGUUAGAUCCACAAAAUGAAAAUCUGAGGUUCGGAGCCAUUAGCAAGAAAACCUUACAAAAGUUUGGACAUCCAGGUUUCUAUACAGAAUGUUUCAGCAUACUUACAAAAACAUAUUAAAAGUUUCAAUUCUUUUUUAAAUAUGAUAGGAAACCUUGGGAAAAUUUUGUAUGUAAACGAUCGUUCGGAUGAGCUACCCAAAUAUCUAAACAAUACAUAUACAUGUACUGAGCUAAGUAGAUUAAAAAGGGUAUUUUGCUUAAUUUUGAAGGAUUAUUUCUGUUGCUAAAAAUCGAUUAUUUUGUAUUAUUCUCAUAUUUUAGAGACAUGAAAAUAAAAAUAUGUUACGCAGAAUCACUUAAUUUGGCUUCUAUAUUUUUGUUAGUCAGCAUGAGUUGUACACCUGGGUUUUUCACAGUAUUUGUAGAGUUAUACACCUUGAUUUACUUCAACAUGUAUUGUGUGUAGCCCAAAAGGUAUUUGACCCAGAAUCUUGAAACUUAACAGAAAUGUUGGCCAGCGUGUGAAGUUGUGUACCUGGGAGUUUGCAUGUGGACUAACUUAGUUUUGUCAGAUUAUUGCCCUUGAAUUUCAAUUUUCAACUUGUGUCGCCAGUAGCGCACACGAUGUUUAACUUACAUUCAUGAAUUGUUACACUAUUAAGCACUAUUAAGUGUUGAGAAUUGAGUACCGCUAAAGCCGGUGCUAGGGGGCGUGAGGGAUGUUGCACGUAUUCAUUAUCACCUCAUGUACAGACUCAAUCAAACCGAGUCUGCAAUUCUCUUGUAAUUUUGUUGUGAUUAAUGCUUACGAGGGAUCACUUGUUUCCAGAAUUUUUUACAGAAAUAUUGGUCAGCAAUAGUUAUUGUCCACCAUAUUUAAUAACGAAAUUCGUAACUCAAGUCUUAAAUAAACACGACACCUUUUGAGGUGAAGAAACUAUAGAUGAGUGCAAAAUACUUGAUAAGUGAUUUACUUUAUUCAUUAUUUAUGGAUUUAAACCACUUCCUGUCGUCAAGAACGCGUAUAUUAGUAUUUGGCAAGUACGUGACUCAUGUGAAGAAAAUGAAUAUUUUCCUGUCUACUUAUUUUAAUAGUUAUUUCGUCGUUGCAUUCACUAUAUAACAAAAUAAACUAAAUACUAUUUAAAGAAAUGAUUCAAACGUUACGCUACAUUUUCUCUACAUGUUUUGUUAAGAGCUCGCGCAUUCAUUGAAUAGCAAAAUUUAUUCAUUAAUAAAAAGACACACACAAAAAAUAACGACCUGUCAUGCAUGACGACCUUAGAAUAUGGCCAAUGGACCUUUCCUGUGUUUACAGUUUUAUGUAAAUUGGCUAACUUGUUAUCCAAUCGCUACACUGAGAUAAUACAUAGUCACUGGUUGACCUGGUUUGCACAAAAGAACACGUGCUUAUGUUUGUGAUACUGUUUGUGAGCAGUUGACCUAGCAAUGAAUGGAAAAGGUGUGGCUAAAUGUUCCGCCUACGAAAAUCUGGAAAGAUCCAUAGUGAUAUCGGAUGUCAAGUCACUUAUGUUGACAGUACAUUGUUAAAUGGUAUUUCAUAUUGUUAAAAUUGCAUGAAAUAAAUUACUCUAAGGUUGGAUAUAAAAGGACACCUAAAAUAUGUAAAUAAAUAUACGAUACAACGUUAGUGUGAAAGAUCAAUUUACAUUUUUGGGAUUAGCAUAUCAGUGCAGUUAGGUAUUAUUAAAACCACUCAAGUAAAACAUUUCUGAAUUGAUUGGUGACUGUAGUAAAAUCAUAAAUUGAUAAACGAAGUUCAGUCGUGUAUGGUUAACGAGUGAAGAAUAUAUAAACACCAAAAUAUAGAUGUAAAAUAAAAGUCAGAAAUCUUGAAAAGGGCAGCAAAUGAACAAGUGCGCUAAACACUUAGUAUAUAACAAUAUACAUUAAAGAUGGAAGGAGUUGCGACGUUAUUAUUGACUGUUCUUGUUUCGAUAUAGUUAUGGAAAAUAGUUCGAUGGAUGAAGGAAGACCUUUCAAAUAUUCCUGGUCCGAAAGGAAUACCAUUCUUAGGAUCAGUGUUGUCAAUAAAUCCUGCGAAAAUGCAUCUCAGUUUUUGCGAGUGGGCACUUAAAUAUGGAAGGAUUUUUAAGGUUAAAAUAUUCGGUAACACUGUAGUUGUUUUGAAUGAUUUCGAUUUAGUAAGAAAAGUUUUCGCGGAUAAAGAACAGAUAGAGGUUUUUAAUGAUCGGCCAGAGAUGUUUGUCGGAAAGUUUGCCUUAUACGAGACAUCGGAUGUCAUUCUGUAUUUGGAUAAUAAUAAGAAAUUCAUGAUGCUGAAACGGAUUCUUCAAAAAUGUCUAAAACGUCAAAGUCAAACAUACAGUUUUCGUCUUAGUUUUGAAAAAGAACUAGAAAGACUAAAAGAUCAUCUCAAUCAUCUGGAUGGAAAAGAAAUUGAAAUUAAUCCCUUGAUUCGACAUUCAUUAGCAAAUGUUAUUUCAAUUUUGAUGUCAGGGGAAGGUUUGACAAAUGAAGAGAGCAAGCGUAUAUGGGAAUUUAACGACAACGUUUUAUACUUACUAGAAACUUCAGUUAAUCUUAUACUUUCAACUUUCCCUUUCAUGAGAUUUCUUCCCGGAAGGCUUGGAACUGUUUUCAGCGAAAUGAUGUCAUCAAGAGAUUGGGUAAUUGACAAGUAUUUUGAGCAAUGUAAACUAAACUGUAAAUUAAACAGUGAAAAGGGUCUCGUAUAUGCCUUACUAGCAGAACAAGAAAACAUUAACAAUGAGCAAGGAGUCGAAGUGAUCACUGACGAAAACAUUAAAGGAAUUAUUCUAGAUUUAGUUGUUGCUGCAAUGAAGACGACGAACUCAGCUGUUGCUGCAUGUUUCCUACUUUUAUUAAAACACCCUAAACAUGUUGCUACGAUACAAAAUGAAAUUGACGAAAUUGUUGGCCAAGAUCGUGUACCCGACGAAGAAGACCAAUCCAAUAUGCCUUUUUGCAGAGCGUUUAUUUACGAAGUGUUAAGAUACAUCUCCCAUGGCACUCUUGGUCUUCCACAUCUAGCUACAACAGAUUAUAAGUUGGAAGGUUACACCUUCAGUAAAAAUGAUAUAAUCCUAUCAAACAUAUGGUUUAUACACCAUGAUCCAGAGUUCUGGGACAAACCCUGGGAAUUCCACCCGCAAAGAUUUUUAGAUGAAACUGGCAAUCUUGUUCCUGCUGACCAUGAUAACAUGAGAAGAAUUGCCACAUUCUCUGUUGGGCGGCGGGUGUGUAUUGGCAAGGACAUUGCUUUAACUAGGAUUUUUCUUUACAUGACGAGCAUUCUUCAACAAUUUUCUCCACUGCCGUCAGAGAAAAGUUGUUUACCUGAUGCCGAUCCUCACCAAUAUAAUCCGGGUCUUGUUCUUGAGCCAAACUAUUUUUCAUGCAGGCUUAUCAAGAGAAAAUGAAAUCUGGCGGAAAUAAACCUUGCAAUAUUCGCUCAAAGCUAUUAAGCGGAAAAUAAUAAUAAAUAAAGAAUGAUAGGUUUACAAUGAGAGAAAAAUAUAUACAAUGUAUUUUCGAAUGAUUGUCGUACUUGAUUAAGCUUCGUUUAAUUAUAAUGAUGUGCAGAAAGGUUAUAUAGCUGCUAGUAAGAUUUUUUUUACGGAAAUUCCGUAAUAUAUCUACUGUUUUUAUAAACAAUAUAUAAAUCGGCGAACUCGUUUAUAAAACUAGUAAAUGAUUUGAUAUGGAAUGUAUCGUCAGCAUCUUUAUAAUAUUUGAGCCGCGUCACGACAAAACCAACAUAGUGGGUUUGCGACCAGCAUGGAUCCAGACCAGCCUGCGCAUCCGCGCAGUCUGAUCAGGAUCCAUGCUGUUCGCUUACAAACCCUAUAACAAGUAGAGAAACUGAUAGCGAACAACAUGGAUCCUGAUCAGACUGCACGGAUGCGCAGGCUGGUCUGGAUCCAUGCUGGUCGCUAAACCAUUAUGUUGGUUUUGUCGUGACGCGGCUCAUUUAUAUGUUUUUAAACAUUUAACUGUACAAUACGAGAAUAUAUCUGGACGAGUUCAAAGCUGGAGAAACAAUAUCAGACGAGUCCAAAUAUAUUUCAGUAUUGUACUUGUUUAAUAAAAAAAUACCUUGUUUAUUCUAUAUCCAAAUUAAAGAAAAUGCGGCUUGAUUUUGUUAUGGUUUGAAAUUGCAAAAGACGGUUGCAACUCUUAACAGUAAAACUGGAACGAAUUAUUUUGUCGGUAACGGCGUUGACGUUACAUUGAAAAUGCCAGAGUGGUAUUGGAGAACCACAACAAAUACAGUAUUCCGGUAGGCCUAUAUACCGGGCAAGGCGCUUGAAUGAUAUUAAUGCU